AUGUUUCAAAACAAUUAUACUGAGGUGUCUGAAUUUGUGUUUCUGGGACUUUCAACAUCUAAAGAAAUACAGCAUUUCUUCCUUGCCUUCUCUAUGGUAUUUUACGGCGCCAUCAUUCUGGGCAAUACUCUUGUUGUGUUUACACUAGCCUUUGACCCACAUUUACAUUCCCCUAUGUACUUUCUUUUAGGAAACCUCUCAUUUAUUGACUUAUUUCUUUCCACUUUAACUGUACCCAAGAUGAUUUCUGACCUGUCCUCUGGGCACAAUACCAUCUCAUUCCACGGUUGUGUCUUCCAGAUAUUUGUCCUUCAUGUCCUCGGGGCAUCUGAGAUGGUAUUGUUGGUAGCCAUGGCCUGGGACAGAUAUGUGGCCAUAUGCAAGCCCCUCCACUAUCUGACAGUCAUGACCCCACAAAUGUGUGUUAUGCUUCUAUCUGGUGCUUGGGUUAUUGGCUUUUUACAUUCAGUGGUCCAAUUAACUUUUAUUGUCAAAUUGAGUUUUUGUGGUCCUAAUGAGAUAGAUAGCUUUUAUUGUGAUCUUCCUCAGUUUAUCAAACUGGCCUGCAUAGAUCCAGAAAAAAUGCAGUUCAUGGUUACUGCCAACAGUGGGUUUAUUUCUACGGGCACCUUCUUCUUAUUGAUAAUCUCCUACAUUGUUAUCCUGCUCACUGUGAGGAAACAUUCAUCAGGAGAUUUGUCCAAGGCCCUCUCGACACUUUCUGCUCACAUCACCGUGGUAGUUUUAUUCUUUGGACCAUGUAUCUUUGUGUAUAUGUGGCCAUUCCCCACUGUGCCAGUGGAUAAGUUCCUUGCCAUUCUGGACUUCAUGAUUACACCCAUCCUGAACCCUGCCAUUUACACACUGAGGAACAAAGACAUGAAGGUGGCAAUGAGAAGACUGAUUACUCAGCUAUUCAAUCUGAGGACAUCAUCCUAA